AUGGCCAAGCACACUAACGCAGGAACAGCAGCUUCCACCCUCUCCAAGCGUGUUCCUAGCAGCACCCACAGCAGCAGCCCUGCAACUUGCUGCAAUUUUCCAGCAACACCAGAAGCCUCCUCCGGCCACAGCACUAUUGAUAUGGGUUUAGAAACCCAGAAUCUGAAGGCCUACUUCCUCCCCUACCUCACUCCCAGCCACAUGAUCCCACUCGCAGACAUAGCCAUGCUGUUCGCGGCACGUGGGGUGGACGUGACCAUAUUCGCCACCCCGCACAAUGCCCUCCUCCUACAGAAAUCUGUCGACUCCGCCGUCGCCUCCAGCCACCUCGUCAGCGUCCAGGUCUUCGACUUUCCCUCCAAGGAAGUCGGAUUGCCCGAGGGCGUCGAGAGUUUCAGCUCCGCAGGUUCCAUUGAAAACGCCGCCAAGGUGUUCCAAGCUUUCAUGAUACUCCGACAACCCAUGGAGCUGGUGAUCCGAGAAUCCCCUCCCGACUGCAUCGUCUCUGACACGUACUGCCUCUGGACCUCCGAUCUGGCCGCGGAGCUCGGGAUUCCGAGGAUUUGCUUCCACGUCAAGGCAUUCUUUGCCCUGUGCGCCGCCGACAGCAUUUCUUGUUACGCACCCCAUGAAAAGGUGCAAUCCGACGAGGACCCAUUUUUGCUGCCCAACGUGCCUGGUGAGAUCCGGAUGACGAGGUCGGAGCUCCCCGAUUGGGUCCGAGUUCCUAGUGGGUACACCCAUUUCAUGAACAAAGCUGCUGAGGCUGAUUUAAACUGUGAUGGAGUGGUCUUGAGCAGCAUCUACGAGCUGGAAAGUAAGUACGCGGAUCACUAUAGGAAUGUUCUUGGGAGAAAAGCUUGGGCCUUGGGACCCGUUUUUCUCCAAGGUCAGAAUAAGAAAAAUCCUCCUGUUGAUCAUCGUCACAGCUAUGUGAUGAAUUGGUUGGAUUCUCAGAAACCUAACUCUGUUCUUUACAUUAGUUUUGGAACUUUGACAUGUUUUAGCUCAACUCAGUUACUGGAGAUAGCAAUGGCUCUUCAGUCGUCGGGAACACAAUUCAUUUGGGUUGUUCGACAGGCAGAUGGAUCGAGGGAGUCGGAAUGGUUGCCAGAAGGAUUUGAAAAAUGUAUUAAAGGGGACAAUAAGGGUAUGAUCAUAAGGGGUUGGGCACCUCAGACAUUGAUCUUGGAACAUCAAGCCACCGGGGGGUUCGUGACUCAAUGUGGGUGGAACUCGAUUGUGGAGAGCGUGACUGCAGGGGUGCCCAUGAUUGCAUGGCCACUCUCUGCGGACCAAUUCUACAACGCAAAACUAGUUACUCGAGCCCUGAAAAUUGGGGUGGAUGUGGGUGUUAAUCAAUGGAGCCAGUUGGUUCAAGAGAGUGAAUCAUUUGUGAGUAGGGAGAAGAUUGAGAAGGCUGUGGGCAAACUAAUGGGCGGGGGAGAAGAGGCGGAGGAGAUGAGGAGGAGGACGAAGGAGUUUGGAGAGUUCGCAAAGAAGGCCGUGGAAGUUGGUGGUUCAUCUUACAACGAUCUGACCGAUUUGCUUGCCCACGUUGAAUCGCGCAAACAAAAAACGCAGAAGUAA